AUGGACCAAAACACUGGUGUCACAGCAGAAACAAAAAAGGCCGAAUCUUCAGCCGAACGCACUUCCACCAGCAAGAUUCCUGCACCCGAGGCAGCCAAAGACAAGAAGAAAUGCAAGAAGCAUGUUGGACCGUCCAGCAAGACAAAGCCCAAGCAUGGCAGCAAGAAGAAAGAAAUCGUUGAGACGGAAGACGAAUCCUCAGAGUCAGAUUCCUCCUCAGAAGUCUCGACCGAUAGUGACGGUUCGAGUGACUCGGGGAGCGACUCUUCCUCCGUUGUUGAAGUCUCCAAGAAGAAAGCUAAAAACAAGAAGGUGAAGGCCCAGGCGAAGACCCAGGCUAAGGCCUUGGUCAAGGAGCUCAACAAGCGAACGAGGAGAAUGAGGAAGCAGGCAGCAACCGAGGACGACGACUCAUACAGCGAGGACGAGCUUGACGAGGAGGUCAUUAAGCCUCGGUCAAGAGUCCGAGUCAAGCCGUCCAAGAGGGUGUCUAGGAAACAUGCCAGCCCUGACCGAGACGAAUGUGAUGUUAUCGAAAUCCGCGAGGAUCCCAAAUCUGCAAGGCUACGCCAACUGAGAUCCUCAUUGCACAAGCUUGACUUUGAAAACAAUGACCUUCCUCCUCCGUCUAACGUUUUCUCCCUGGCCAGAGGUGACAGCCAUCCGGAGCCCGUAAUCCCCAUCAUCAACCAUUAUGACAAAGCUCGAAGAAAUCGGCGCAGAGAAACUAUGUUUGAUAGCAACCUUCUUGUCGGAGAGCAAAUCCUCGAGCAACCCAAGGCGAAGAAGCAGAAGAAACCUAAACGCGCCUCCAAAGUCGCUUACAAACGAGUGGACCAACUUUGGGACCAGUCCAUCCACAACUUCAAGCUCACUGAAACCGUGAAAAACACCGGUGAGGCCAUCUGGGACCAAUACAUCUUUACUGUGCGUCGUCGGUUCGACUGGGAGCACAAGUAUCUGGCAACCGUCGUCGACAUCAAAUCCGAGCCUCUCAAGCAAUGCCUCCAACAUAUCAUGGCUGGCGUCAAGGGCAUCAGUCUGGUCGAAGACACGCCGCAUCUGGAUCCCAAUAUGCUCUUCCUGUAUCUGGAAGAGAUGAGGGAGUAUGUCAAGACCCUCGAGGACGACGCUGUGGGGAGGAAGCGCAAGGAGGCUAAACCUUUCAAGACCAAAGCCAAACACCUCCGAAUCAUGGUCAAAUACCUGGACAAAGAUUUUGCCGAGACCAAGAAGAAUUUGUAUCCGAUGCUGGAAAAUGGCAUGAUCACCUUUGACCUCCUCUGGGCCUUGUACAAGCCAAACGCCAUUGUGUACUCUUCCACUUACGGAGAUCAGGACGAACCUCGGGCGUUCAAGAUCGACUUCACCACGAAAGAGUCGCACUUUAUGCGGGGCAGUUGGUACAUUGUCGAAGGCAGAUACCUAGAAUACGACGGCAAGAACUUUGGAAUGGGCACCACGCACUCGGAAAUAUCGUCGUUCCAAGGUGUGCGCAAAAUCACCUCGCUGGAGUGCUAUCCGCUUGAGUAUCACAAACAUGCCGACAAAAUGCGAUCCCAGUUGAUUGAGCGAGGAAAGCACUUCGUGUCCCUUCAAGGCAUGAACUACCGCCACCACAAGGGCAUGGCGUACACCAAACGCAAGAAGCAAGUCUUGAAGAUCAACAUUGACGGACGCGUCAUGGUCGACCCUGCAAUCCAUCGCCGAAUCAAUCCCAAUUACCCUGCCAGUGUCAUCAAACCAAAAGACGAUCCAGAUGGAGUCAUUCUAGACAGCUCGGAUGACGGUUGCGGCUGCGGGUUUGAUAGCGGCACUGACGUUGGCGGCAACAACCAAACCACUCCUUCUGAUGAAACUAUCCAGGUGCAGGAGACAAAAAAGUACAAGGUGGUGAGAACGCCAAAUGGUCAAAAUAUCAUUGUGGAGGUCAACUCGAAGGAAGACACUGACUGGAGCCAAAAGGCUGAACCGAUUGAAAACGACAAGCUGUCCGCCCAUGAAUUCACCGAGGAAGAGUUGCUCAUUGCCAGCCCUGUUGUCUUGGGAUUCGCCUUUGGCGAGAAACUCUGGCUCGAGUUCACCGUCUCUGGCAUUUCCAACGUCGUCUUCAACGACCAAGCCUUUGAGAGUCUCGUUCUUCCUGACGCCCACAAGUCCAUUGUCAAGGCCCUUGUCUCGAGUCACACCUUUCAAGCCCACAAAAGCAUUGAUGACAUCAUCUCUGGCAAAGGUCGUGGUCUCGUGGCUGUUCUCCAUGGUCCUCCAGGCACUGGCAAGACGCUUACCGCUGAAGGGAUCGCGGAUCUUCUCAAGUGUCCGUUGUACAUGGUCAGUGCUGGCGACCUGGGCACGGAGCCGACCAAACUCGAAAAGGAACUCCAGAACAUUCUGGACAUCGCCCACAGCUGGGGUGCGAUCCUGUUGCUGGACGAAGCCGAUGUUUUCUUGGAACAACGUUCCAUUCACGAUAUUCAUCGCAAUGCUCUUGUCAGCAUCUUCCUGCGGCUUCUCGAGUACUUCCAAGGCAUUCUCUUCCUGACCACCAAUAGAGUGGAGACAUUUGACGCUGCUUUUGUGUCUCGUAUUCACCUGUCGCUGCGCUUCCAGAACCUCACAACCAAGGCCAAACGCACCGUGUGGAAGCUCUUCAUCGACCGGGUUAAGAACCAGGAGGGGAUGCAAGUUGCGGCCAUCACAGAGCAAGAUUACAACGACCUGGCGCGCCGCGACGUCAAUGGGCGACAGAUCAAGAACCUUGUGCGUGCUGCACAAGCUCUGGCUGUACAUGAAGAAGUGCCUCUGAGCAUGGUGCAUAUCAAGCGUGUGAUUGAUGUGGCUGAGAGCUUUGAGAUGGAUCUCAAAGGUGGUACUGGAUACACGGAUGCCAUGAGAAGUGAGUUUUACCUGUGA